AUGACGUUUCAGGUUCCCCUAAACAAAAGUUCAUUGGAUGUUCACUCUCUCGGGAAGAUUGAUGGCUGGCACUAUGCAGACGGAGUGGAGCAGUACUGCGGCAUCCCAUACGCAGACCUUCCCAAACGCUGGACGCGUUCUGUGCUGAAGACUUCCUGGCCAGACAGAUAUCACGAUGGGACUCAGCUGGGUAAUAACUGCCCACGUCCUCAAGUCUCGGGAAGUGAUUCUAGCCCGAUGAAUCCUUUCAUACCAGUCCCCCCAAACCCAACCUUCACAAGGACUCCCAUAAGCGACGAAAAAUCCGCGCUCGUCUUAAAUAUCGCCACAGCUCAAAAAUCUUCUGCCGAGCCGGCAAAGCAGAAGCUUCCUGUCUUUGUGUGGAUCCACGGCGGGUCUUUGUUAUUCGGAAGCGUAAAUUAUGGCAUAUACGAUACCGUGAAUCUCGUUUCCCACAGCAAGACCGUUGGACUCCCCAUAGUCGCCGUGAGUAUCAACUACAGACUCGGAUUGGGUGGGUUCCUGGCUGGCGCGAAGAUUGCAAAAGAGUUAAAGCGAGAUGGGUUUGCUGGGGACGGCAAUUUCGGUUUCACAGAUCAAAAAGCGGCGCUGGACUGGGUACAGAGGUAUAUUGAGAAUUUCGGAGGAGAUCCUAGCAAUGUUACUGUUGUGGGACAAUCAGCAGGAGGCGUCAGUAUCGGCCACCACAUGGCGUCGAAUCAUCCAAUGAAGUUCCACCGCGCAGUUUGCAUGUCCGGUGUUGGGACAACUUUGCGGGCAUUGUCACUGGAGGAACAUGAGAACUUGUUCCAAAGCACGUGUCGCUAUUUUGAUAUUGACCCACAUGCUCCAGAUGCAUUGGAUCGUUUGCGCCAAAUUGAUCAGCAAGUUCUGGCCGAUGCAGACAGUGUCAUUCAGGGUGUGCCAACUAGCACUGGAAAUCCAUGUCUGGAUGGUUGGUUCUAUGCACACGACCCCCAGGAACUCACAGAAGCACCCAGCUAUGUGAGAUCCUUCAUGUUCGGUGAUGUUCAUGACGAGGGAGUCAUUUUCAUCUUGAGACUGAGAAAGGACACAUAUGACAUCGUUCGAGCUACGCUUAUGGAGCAUGUCCAAGAUGAAAGCUUCCUCAAUGCUGCAUUUGACGAAUAUGGCAUUACCCCGGACUUGGCGCAGGCUGUACUCAUCGAUAGGGUAUGCACGAUGGCCGCCGAGGCUGUAUUCAAAAUCGAGAAUUAUCGGACCGCAAUUGUGAACAAGCGUCUCCAGGAAGAAGGUGCACUCUUCAAAUAUCACUUUGACCAGCGUUCUCGCAUCCACAAUAUCCUCCAGGGUAAGUCCUACCACGGCUUCGAGGUGAUUUAUCUAUUUCGGAAUCUCGACACAGAGCUCAAUGAAGCGGAGCGCGCAAUGGGGGGUGAUCUUCAAACUGCCUGGCUUCGAUUUGUGUAUGGCCAGGCUCCAUGGGAGCAAGAAUCUGAUACCAGUCUGUGGAAGAUUUGGGGCCCUAAUUCUGAAGAGAAGAUUGAGACAGAAGAACAAGACGAGCCCAUCCACCAUUACUCUCGGUUUAAACGGGUGAUCUUGCUGGGUUCUGGAGGCUUGUGGGAAAGAUAUGUGAAGGGGCUAGAUGCCCUGGUUUUGAGAAAGGUUGAUAGAAAAGGAAGUUGA